CAAUCGCCUUUUAUAAAUACCUAAACCAUAUGUCCCAUUUUCACCAAGAACCAGAAAUCUGAUAAUUGGUUUUGCCCUGAAAAUGAGGCUGAGCAGGUUUAUCCUAGCCAAUGCGGCCAUAUACUUGAUGGGGUUAAUCUCAAUCCUAACUCAUGUCUCCCAAGCCCAAAACUCCCACCAAGAUUUCGUCAAUGCACACAAUGCAGCUCGUGCCCGAGUUGGUGUGGGUCCAAUUCAUUGGAACUACACCAUUGCAGCCUAUGCUCAAAAUUAUGCGAACAAGAGGAUCGGAGACUGCAACUUGGAGCAUUCCAUGGGACCCUAUUCAGAAAACCUUGCCGGAGGCUGGAGUGGAUUGACUGCAGUAGAUGCGGUGAAGAUGUGGGUAGAUGAGAAGAAAUACUACAACUAUAAGAAAAACUCGUGUGUUGGCGAUGAGUGUCGGCAUUACACACAAAUUGUGUGGCGCGACACUGUGCAUCUCGGGUGUGCGAGAGUCAGGUGUAAGAGUGGAGGGAUAUUUGUGAUUUGCGACUACGAUCCUCCGGGCAACAACGAUGGCCAACGUCCUUACUAAAUUCAAGUUUUUACCAAGUGACUGUGUGUGUGUGUGUGUGUUUGUUAAGCAGCACAUGAUAUAUAUACUAUAUAUGUUGCUGCCCAGUAAAGUAUGGUUGUCGAUCGUGAUUGCAGUACUACUCUAUAUAUGUUCAAGCACGUACCACGAUGUUAUGAUCAUGAUGUUUCAUUAGCUGAAAUUAUAUGUUUCUCUC